UUCCUCUCUCGAGAGAUCGGAAGUGUGACCAGCGCUUAUAAUAAAAUCAUAAUCAUAUAAGUUAGUAUACAUAAUUAAUAUCCAGCCUGUUACACUAUUAACUCGGGUUCUUAAUUACAUCGUUAUCUCUCUUUGCGUUUCAAUACCCUUGCAGAGGGUAUUAUAAUUUCAGUGAAAAGUUUGAGACACCUUUUUUGUUUGCUUCCUUUUUUGUUUAAACUAGCAUAUUUAACCACAAAAAGUGGUUUCAAAAACCUAAUCGCUAGAAAGAAGCAUUAGGAGGCAUAUAAAAGACAACCGCAAGCAAUUUUAUGAACUAGUCAUGGAGAACGACACGAAGGAUUUGGAACGCUUGGUGGUCUUUGACUGUGAUAUUGGAUCGGAUGAUGCCUGGGCCUUGGCCACGUUACUAAGGGGCGAACAGUUGUCCUUGCCCGGCGGCAGACGGUAUAAGCUAGUUGCAAUUACCUGUGUGCAGGGCAACACGGAUGUGGAGCACGGUGCUCAAAAUGCCUUGAGGAUACUCAGCUUACUGGGAAGAAAAGAUAUCCCCGUUUACAAAGGCUGUGCUAAUCCCAUUAUUCCUCGAACGUGGCUGGACAUCUCAAAGUUCCAUGGCAUCGAUGGCUUCAAGGAUGUGGGCAACAAUCCGGAGGUGGAUGAGCUGCAGGGACAACUCCGAAAGGAGCACGCUGUGAAUGCCAUGUAUCGGCUGGCUUGCUCCCAUCCAAAACAAGUGGACUUUAUGCUCUGCGGACCACUAACUAACUUCGCCAAUUGCAUUAACCUCUAUGGAGAUGAGUUUCUGGAUAAGAUUGGCGGAGUGUACAUCAUGGGAGGAAACAUCUACGGCCGAGGCAAUGUGAUGAAAAGUGCGGAGUUUAAUUUCAUGAUGGAUCCCGAGGCGGCGCACACAUCCUUGGAGCGAUUGAAGGAGCCAGCUUUAAUUUUGCCCUGGGAGCCCAGCAUCGAUGAGAACUUUUACUUGACACUCGACUGGAGGCUCAAUGUCCUGGGUACCGUGGACCAUCCGUUUGUUGAGCUGCUGACCCGAGUGGAGCGAGCCAUGAUGGUGCCACGUGGCAUCAAGAAGUGGCUCAAUCCAGACGCUGUCCUCGCAGCGGCUUAUCUCUUUCCAGAAGCAGUGAUUGCCGAGCAGAUGGAGUACCAUGCCACCGUGGAACUCGCCGGAGUCCACACCCGCGGACAGAUGGUACUGGACCAUCUGAAAGGUCGUCGGGUGGACGCAAUCCACGGGAAGAAGAGCAAUGUGCGGGUCAUAACGCGUCUUAAUCGAGAGCCAUUCAGGACCAUAAUAUCCUGGGCGGGAUUUCUUCCUCAGGCAGAUAUCUCGAAGCUGUGCAAUCAGUAACAGCAAUGUAAAUCGAUUCUUCUCUGAAAAAUCAGUUUACUUAAUAGAACUUUUAAAGAAAAAAGAAUUAUGUGAAGUUCACAAAUAAAAACAAUUAAUAGUUAUAUUUUUUUAUUACCUAUCAUAAUAUAUCCCUAAUGGUUUCAUUGACUGUUGGGUAUAAACGUAUAUUAUAUAUUUAAACUCCACUGACCUAUAUUUAUGAAACCGCACAAACUUGAUUACCAUGCUAAUCAGGGCGUAUACAGAACAUACACUGUAAUAACAUUUUUUAAAAGAAUUAUAUUUUAUUUGUCAACAAUCCAAAAAAUAGAUAUUUCUCCAGGAUUUUUAAAAUUAUUAAGCUGUAUUGCAAAAGUGAAAGUGGUUUUACAAUGGAAUGAAAAAUAACUUUAUUUGUUCAAAUGAUUUGUCUUGGCACAUCGGAUCUUAAGCAUAGGAAUGUAAUAAAAAACGUUUAGAAUA